UCAUCAUCCACUUGAUUGUGUUUGUGUUUUUCACAUCCAGUGAAACGAGAUCGUAAUCAUACGAUAAACAUAAAAUCUGGACCCUGUUGUUUUUUUUGUGACCAAAAAUUUUAAAAAGAAAAAUUCCAUCCUCAUUCAUUCAUUCAUUCAUUUCAAAAAUGGAAAUUGAACAUUUCAAUAUGACUCAUUUAGCCAUACAGGCAAAUGAAACAUUGAAAGAAUUAUUGGAAUUUGAAGAUUCAUUAGAUUCAUUUGUCGGUAAUAUGACCGGUACUGCAGAAUCAUUGUAUACGGCAUUGGAAUUUUCGAAAAUAUUUCAUUAUAUUGCCGCCAUUUUUGGUGUUAUUGGCAAUUUAUUGGUAAUCAUUAUCUAUCUAAAAAAUCAUCGUAUCCGUACAGUGACCAAUACAUAUAUAUUAAAUGUGGCAAUAUCGGAUCUAUUAUACGUGAUCACUGUACCUGUAUUUCUUAUAUCAAUUUGGUCUAAUUCAUGGCCAUUUGGUGAAUUUGUAUGCAAAUUAUUAUUAUCAAAAGGUGCCAUACAUCGUUUUGCUAGUUCAUUAUUUUUAUUGGUAUUGGUUAUUGAUACAUAUCUGUCAAUAUUAAAGCCAACAUUAUCACAUAUUUGUUAUAAAAGACCAAUAAAUAGCCGAAUGAUAUGUAUAUUAACAUGGAUUAUUUGCAUCAUUUCCGUAUCGCCAGUAUUUUAUCAUGCAUCAACAUUUUCUGUACCAAAUUCCGAAAUCAAUCAUUGUGAUCUAUUCUGGACUGGUAGUAGCCGUGAAGCUUAUAUUUGGUUCACCAUUAUAUCUGCAUUUAUAAUACCAACAAUCAUUAAGAUUUUACUUGCCGUACCAUUAAUCUAUACGUUGGCCGGUGAAAAUAGUUCCGAUACGAUUGCUAGUGAAGGCCAAUAUCAGGUAUUCGCUGAACGUAAUAAAAGAUCAGCACAUUUAAUAUUGACUGUCAUCGUUUUUCAUAUACUUUGUUGGCUACCUCUUUGGAUCUCAUUGAUCAGUGUCAAUCUAUUGCCAAUGAAUGAAAUGCCGGAUAAUUCAGCAAUUCUAUUCCAUAUGAUUAGUGGUUGUCUUGGCAUGGCCAAUACUGUAUUGAAUCCAUUCAUUUAUUUUAAAUUAUCACCAGAAUUCCGUAAUGGUUUUGCCGAAUUGAAAGAAUCCAUUUUAUAUCGUUCAAAAGCAUCAAUAUUUGCCAAUGGUGGUAAUGGUAAUGGUGGCGGUGGUGUAUUGGAAAAUUCAACAAAUUCAAACGAUGGUAUUAUUGGCCAUGUUAACAAUGGUGUAAAUGGUACUACUAGUAAAUCUAAUGAUUCAUUUGUUAAUAAUUUUUUUCCAACCAAUGUAUUUCAACGUUAUGAUGAGGAACGUAAUCAACAACAACAACAACAACAACAGCAACAGCAACAGCAGCAACAAUGCACAGGAAACAAUCAAAUGGCAGCAUAAUGAAGUGAAACAAACCAAAAAAAAAAAAAAAAAAAGUCAACCAGAAUACACAACAUCGAUAUUGGCAACAUUAACGAAUAUUGAACAAAUCGUAUCAUCAUCAUCAUCAUCGUUUUGUUUUAUUUUUAUUUUUAUUAUUCCA